GUCAUAAGCCAUGGGAACCCUUGCUUCGUGUUUGUUCGCUGCCAUAUCUCGUCACGACCUCAUCAUUCUGUAGUACCACAGUACAGCUUUCACGAUAAACCAAAUCACCUCUAAUUCAGGACGCACGAGAUCUCCCAAUGGCAACCAUCGAUACCCAGGACCUAAGAGGGAUGUUUAGGCGCUUUCGAGUUCUGAUCAUCGGGAGAGCAAACGCAGGCAAAACGACCAUUCUUCAGAAGGUCUGCAACACCGCGGACGAACCAGAAAUUUACGAUGCCAAAGGAAACAAGAUCGAUGCUGCCAUCGUGAAAUCCUCGAUCAAGCGUGGAAAUCACGACAUUACAAAUGAGAUGGUGUUCAAAAGUAAUCCUGUUUUCGUCUUUCACGAUUCGUGUGGUUUCGAAGCGGGUUCCGAAGAAGAAUUUGAGGACAUGAAAAGAUUUGUUUCGCAACGCGCACACGCAACGAAAUUGGAAAAUAGAAUCCAUGCUAUCUGGUAUUGUAUUCCAAUGGACGACCCAAGUCGAACAUUCCAGCGAUCGGAGGAGAAGUUUUUCUUGGAGUGCAACACUGGGCACGUUCCCGUGGUCGUGGUGUUCACCAAGUUCGAAGCUCUGCGUCCAGUUGCAUAUGGAGAAAUCAAGAAGCAACUAAAAGGGGUAUCAAGAGAAGAACGCUCAAAGAGGAUUGCCCAAUGUGUCGAGGAACUGUUCAUGAACACAGAUGUCUUGAAUAAGUUGUACAAGCCUGAAAACUGUGUUCGUCCUAAGUCACAUGUACGCUUGCAGAAUAUGAACCAACUGAAUGCAAACUGCAACAUUCUACUGGAAUGCACCACUCUCGCAUUGGACAACGACGAAUUGCGACUGUGCUUGGUGUUGACACAGCAAUCAAAUAUGGAGCUUUGUAUCAAAUGUGCCAUUUCAAAAAUCGUUGAUCCUGCACAUCAGCAAUCCGCCUCACCUCAAAUUGAUUAUGAAGACUAUCAGCGUGAAAUUGCUAAGUGGUUUCCACAUCUCAAAGUAAGACUAAAAUUGAUUCAGUCUGACAAUUCCCUGGUGAUGGUGCUCAUGGAUGCUGGUAAGAUUGUGGUUUACGAAGUUCGAACAGCAUGGACAGCACUGAUGGGCCUUGUUGCUGCUCGCCUGUUGACAGCAGUAACCAAGCGAGAUGACAUUAUCCGCGUCCUUCAGCCUUUAGUUGCGAAGGGAUCAUUCACUGCUGCUGCGAACAGAAUUAUCCAGACUGGUAUUGCUACUAUUAUCGUCCUCGAGUACUCCGCCUUUCUCGACAGCUCGAGGCACUUGGAGCGUGUCGAGUCUGCUGUGGACUACUAUCUGAAUUCUCCAACGGCUGUCGCAGUGGAAAAAGAAGCGGGAGAUAUUUCUCGUCGAGCGUACGACAGAGAGGAACUGGAGAAGAAGAUUCUUGGGUUCAUUCUUGAAAAUCGCUUGUCAAAGGACUUGACAACAAAGUAGAUGAUGCUCGAGCCAAGCUUCCUG